AUGGUGCGAUAUCGCCAAGGCCGACAUGUCAUUGAGGGCACUUUCACAAAUGACGGUACUUACCACCAUAUUUCGCUCGAUUCGAAUUACCGCCAGGCGCGACAAAUUCAAGAUGGGCAACUCAGAAAGAGAUCUGAGCGAAUGGUAGUAUGGAAACAAACAAGAGACGAAAGCGACGGAGCUCUUUCGCAAAGGUCGUCCUCAGAUGAGCCGACCUGUCAGGCUCACAGAUACAAUGAUCGACGCCGUCAGACUUCCGAUGGUCAGGAUACCCACCAUCCUCUGCUGGCCCGACAAGACGUCAACGAUUGGUUUGACCCAAGAGAUGUAAUUGGAUCUACAGAAGGAUGCCCCAACUCCCGGAGAGUCGCUUUGAUCGGCAUCGCCGCCGACUGCUCAUACACAGCAGAAUUCGACAACAUGCAAGAUGCUCGCGAUAACAUCAUUUCCCAAGUCAACAUCGCAUCGCAAGUCUACGAAGACGCCUUCAACAUCGCCCUAGCCAUUCAAAAUUUGACCAUAAGCGAUCCAUCUUGUCCUUCUGACGCACCACGAUCAAUGCCCUGGAACCUUCCCUGCACAGCAAACGUCGAUAUAAACGACCGCCUAAACUUAUUCACCCAGUGGAGGGGCAGACUACGCGAUGAUAACGCUGUCUGGUCUCUUUUCAGCGCCUGUCGAAGCGGUUCAACUGUUGGAAUCGCCUGGAUUGGAAGUCUUUGCAAUCGGUCACGAGGAUCAUCAUGGGGUCGCGGUGGGACAGCCUCUGCGAACGUUGUUGUGCGUACUGCUUCGGAAUGGCAGGUCUUUGCGCAUGAGCUGGCGCAUAACCUUGGAGCUUCUCACGACUGUACAUCAGGUGAUUGCGGGACGUCAGGAUACUCGCCUUCUGAUGAUUGCUGUCCCCGAAGUGAGACUACCUGCGAUGCUCGGAACCAGUACAUCAUGAAUCCCCAAAGCUCUCCAGGCCUGGAGGAGUUCUCGCCAUGUACUAUCGGCACGAUCUGCACAGGCAUUGGCGAGGAGCACGUUGACACGAGUUGCCUUGUUAGUGAGGACGAGGUCCCCGAUAUUAACGACAGUCAAUGUGGCAAUGGUAUCGUCGAGCCAGGCGAGUCAUGCGACUGCGGUGGUGAAGACCGAUGCCCUGCAGAUUCCUGCUGCAACACUUCGACCUGCCAACUCCGCAGCGGCGCCGAGUGCGAUCCACUCACCGAUGGAUGCUGCACUGAUGAAUGCCGAGUCGCUUCAAGUGGUCUAGUCUGCCGCGAAAGUACAGCCUCUUGCGAUCCCGAAGAGACAUGCGACGGAAGUUCAAGUCAAUGCCCCGUUGACGUGCAGAACUGCGACGAUGAUGAAGACUCAGGUAGCAGAGGAGGAGAAGGAUCGGGAGGAAGCUGGUUCGAUAGGAACAGAACAGCUGUUAUUGCGACCGCUGCUUCUGUUGGAGGAGUCAUCCUAGCCUUGCUGCUUUGCGUGAUAUUCUCUUGUAUCAGGAAGAGGAGAAGAAGACAAAAAGGAACGCAAUUACAGAGUGGGAACAUCAGCGAUGGAUCGAAUGCACCAGCUCUUGAGCAUACGAGAGGUGUUACCCAGAUGCCGAGUGCACCGCGGUUGGUACAUAGAUAUGCAUAG